UCCCUCUGUGUGUGUCUGUAUGUGUCCAGAUUCCCCUCCUGUUAUAAGGACACCAGUCAUUCCACCGGGACCACCCUACUCCAGUAUAACCACGUCUCAACUAGUCACGUCCGCAAAGACCCUACUUCCAAAUGAGGUGGCAUUCAUAGGUGCCAGGGUCAGGACGUGAGCACGUCUUUUCAGGGGACCCAGAUCUCUCCACUACGGACUGCAGCUAGCACGUCAGCUUUCCUGGUCUGAAGUCACCUUCUCGUCAGCCCCGGUCACUGUGACCAUCCAUCCGUGCCGCUUCCCCUCACAGCCCCUGGUCUCCUUACCUGUGAGGUUUCCCCCCUCAUUAAACUUUGUUUUAAUGGGUCUUAAAAUUCUGUGACAGAGUUUUGGUCAAGUUGUUUCCAUUAACAAGCACCGAGUGUCUGGAAUGCGUUGGCGGCCAUCAAGUAGGUGCCGUGUCUCAUGCCCGGCUUUGGCCUGAUUAGGACACCCUAGAGAGUGUACAGCCCAGUGGGAGGAGAAACAAUGGAAAGAGUUUUAAGACGUGCUUUGAUUUCAUGUGAUGGUCAACCUCGCACAGACAGGUACCCAUGAGGAUGUUGGCGGGGCCCUAGGCCCAGGUUCCCUAGGCUCCGCACCAUGACCUGCUGGCUAUGCGUCCUGAGCCUGCAGCUGCUGCUUCUGCCUGCGGCCCCGCCCCCGGCGGGGGGCUGCCCGGCUCGCUGCGAGUGCACUGCACAGACUCGCGCAGUGGCCUGUCCCCGGCGCCGGCUGACCGCUGUGCCUGAGGGCAUCCCGGCUGACACGCGCCUGCUGGAGCUCAGCCGUAACCGCAUCCGCUGCCUGAACCCAGGCGACCUGGCCACUCUACCGCUGCUAGAGGAGCUGGACCUGAGUGAGAACGUGAUCGCGCACGUGGAGCCUGGCGCCUUCGCCAACCUGCCACGCCUGCGCGUCCUGCGCCUGCGCGGCAACCUGCUCAAGCUCAUCCCGCCGGGGGUCUUCACGCGCCUGGACAACCUCACGCUGCUGGAUCUGAGCGAGAACAAGCUGGUAAUCCUCCUGGACUACACCUUCCAAGACCUGCGCAGCCUCCGCCGGCUGGAGGUGGGCGACAACGACCUGGUGUUCAUCUCACGCCGGGCCUUCGCGGGGCUGCUGGCGCUUGAGGAGCUGACCCUAGAGCGUUGCAACCUUACGGCGCUGUCGGGCGAGUCUCUGGGCCACCUACGAGGCCUGGGCGCCCUGCGGCUUCGACACCUGGCCAUCGCUGCCCUAGAGGACCAGAACUUCCGUAGGCUCCCUGGCCUGCUGCACCUAGAGAUUGACAACUGGCCGCUACUGGAGGAGGUGGCCCCUGGCAGCCUGCAGGGCCUCAACCUCACCUCACUGUCCGUCACUUAUACCAACAUCACCGCCGUGCCAGCCGCUGCGCUGCGCCACCAGGCCCACCUCACUUGCCUCAACCUGUCGCAUAACCCCAUCAGCACAGUGCCCCGCGGGUCCUUCCGCGACCUGAUCCGCCUGCGUGAGCUGCACCUGGCCGGGGCCUUGCUGGCCGUGGUGGAGCCACAGGCCUUCCUGGGGCUCCGUCAGAUCCGUCUGCUCAACCUUUCCAACAACCUGCUGUCUACGCUGGAGGAGAGUACCUUCCACUCAGUCAACACGCUGGAGACCCUGCGCGUGGAUGGGAACCCGCUGGCCUGCGAUUGUCGCCUGCUGUGGAUCGUGCAGCGCCGCAAGACCCUUAACUUCGACGGGCGGCUGCCGGCCUGCGCCACCCCUGCGGAGGUUCGCGGAGACGCGCUGCGCAACCUCCCCGACUCUGCCCUCUUCGAGUACUUCGUGUGCCGCAAGCCCAAGAUUCGCGAGCGGCGGCUGCAGCAGGUCACGGCCACCGCAGGUGAGGAUGUGCGCUUCCAGUGCCGCGCGGAGGGCGAGCCGGCGCCCACUGUGGCUUGGGUGACGCCUCAGCACCGCGCGGUGACCAUCGCCAGCGCGGGCCGGGCACGUGUGCUGCCUGGGGGCACACUGGAGAUUCGGGACUCGCGACCGCAGGAUAGCGGCACCUACACGUGUGUGGCCAGCAACGCGGGCGGCAAUGACACCUACUUCGCCACGCUGACUGUGCAGCCUGAGCCGGCAGCCAACCGGACCCUGGGCGAGGGCCGCAACGAGACGCUGGCGGCCGCGCGCUUCCCACUGGACCUCACCACCAUCCUGGUGUCCACAGCUAUGGGCUGCAUCACCUUCCUGGGCGUCGUCCUCUUCUGCUUCUUGCUGCUCUUCGUGUGGAGCCGGGGCCGCGGGCAGCACAAGAACAACUUCUCCGUGGAGUAUUCCUUCCGCAAGGUGGACGGUCCGGCCGCCGGCGCUGGCCAGGGAAGCGCCCGCAAGUUCAACAUGAAGAUGAUUUGAGGGGUCUCGGGGACGAUUUCUCACUGCCCUGCCGGGGCUGCGGCUCCUGGCCAAGCCAGGAGAUUCAGUCUGUCCCCGCGAGCCCCUCGCUGGCCUGUCUGAUGACACCUAUGCAUUCUCCAGAGGAGUGGCUGUAAGCCGACUCCUGGCAGAACCCACCCCCCACUUUUUUUUUUGUAGAGACCCAAUUACAGGACUUUUUUCAUCAA